UUUCCUUGUCCUGUUUUGAACAGUAAACAGCGGAUGUGUUUUGUACAGUGCCGACGCACUGGGCGCUGUGUCUCUCCCCCCCGGAGCUCCGCGGCUACCUGGACACACAAUCUGGAUUAGGACUAAUGAACUGGGGCUAAAUAAUCUCCCCGGGAGCGUGUACGCGACUCGUUGUCUCGCUGUGGGGUUUUGUUUUCUCCACCAGGCUGAGGACGAUGUCUGUCCGAGGACACUUUGUCGCUUUUUACAAAUGCUCACUUCUGCUGUCUCUGAGGAUGUUGCUUCUUGUGCCUGCAGGGUUGCCAGUCCGCAGCCAAGGGGACUCUCAGUCCGACAACAAAGUCAUGGACAAUAUCACCGUCCGACAAGGAGAGACGGUCUUUCUCAGGUGUGCACAGGGGGACGUUGUCACACACACAGCAUGGCUUAACCGGUCGAGUAUACUGUACGCUGGGGAAGACAAAUGGUCUGUGGAUCCCCGAGUGAGUCUGGUGACCCUUAAUCAAGAGGAGUUUACCAUCAAGAUUGAAAACGUGGAUAUGACGGAUGAGGGGCAGUAUGUGUGCGCAGUCCAGACAAGCAGUCGACCAAGAACCACCUCAGUGCAUGUCCUCGUCCAAGUACCACCGAAAAUCAUCAACCUGUCAAGAGACCUUGUGGUGAAUGAAGGCUCCAACGUCACCCUCAUGUGCCAAGCCAGCGGUAAACCAGAGCCGUCCAUCAGCUGGAAACUCGUCUCCUCAUCAGGGGACCUGGCAUCGGACGACGAGUACCUGGAAAUCCCAUCCAUCAGCAGACAGAGAGCAGGGACGUACGAAUGCUCGGCUGUCAACGAAAUUGACACAGAUGUUCAGACUGUAGACAUCACCGUCAACUAUGCUCCGACUGUGUCAGAGGGCAGAGAUGUUGGAGUGACUCUGGGACAGAGAGGAGUGCUGGAGUGUGAAGCCGAUGCAGUGCCGGAGGCCGACUUCGAGUGGUACAAAGAUGACCGAAGGAUCUUCACUGGCUUUGAUGGCCUGGAGAUUGUGAAGACUGCAUCACUGUCGAAGCUGGUGUUUUUUAAUGUUUCUGACGGAGAUUACAGCAACUACACCUGUGUUGCCCUCAACAAACUUGGGAGCUCCAACACAAGCUUCCUUUUGUAUGUGGUAAUUGAGCCCACUAGCUCAACGCUAUUGCAAGGACCGAGAGCAGUUCAAGAUGGUAGCGGUGGCGCAAUGGGAGUGCACUUACACACCUGUCUCCUCCUCCUCGUGUUUCUGCCCUUCCUGCUCAAAUUUUAAAGAGGAAUGGAUUUGAACAUAAACGUGUGUGUGUGUGUGUGUGUAUAUGUGUGUGUGUGUGUGCGUGCGUGUGUGUGUAUAUGUGUGUGUGAGUGCGUGUGCGUGCGUGUUCUUUUGGUUGUUUUUUUGUUUUCAACCAGAACCAUAAACUUAUGCACAGUGAGUGCAUGAAGUACCAAGCUAUGUAAUAAUGUUGACACAUUAGAACAUUAGAUAAGUACAUCACCUUUUUUGUGUUGAUUUACUUUUUUGUUUUAGUUUUUAAAGAUGUAACAGAUGUUUCAUAUCUUAACUGAAUUAUUUUGGAUAUUUUUCUCACUAAAUUAUGGUAUUCUGGAUUAUCUCUUUUACUCUGUAAAAAGUUUCUGUUCUUUAAAUGAGGCAUCUCUUAUUCAAAUGGAAUUGUCUUAAUUUUAACCACAUUGCAUAUUCAUCUCAACUCCAGGAAAAGGCAAAUUUUUAGUAAAAGAGGUGAAUGUUAAAUACCUCAAAGUCAAACAGAGGCAGUGAAACAAAAGGAAUUGAGGCUACCCUGAGGCUGGAAGCCUGGUAUUAUCAUAUUUUAAUGUAUAAUAAUUAUCAUUCAGUCUGGUUGAAAGCAGAAUUGUUUUUGACCUUCAAGUCUUUUUGUUCUCAGCAUUAUAGUGGUAUACUUGCAGUUGUGACAUGCUAAUAUUUAAAUUUUAUUUCUCUGUUUUGUUUAGUUUUAAAAUGUUUGAGAAGGGAAAAUAUGAAGCUGUAAUUAUAAGGACAAAUAUCCUCGUUUAACGGCUUUGUUGUAUUAUUUUUUUUUUCUUUACCAGUACAGUUGUACACAAUAAUGGUGUCAAGAAUAAUUAUGUUAUAAUUAAGUAGUGAAAAUGAAGGGAGACACUACUCUGCUUGUGUGGAGUCAAUGUCUGACUUGAGUAAUGCAAAUUGACUAAUGCUUUGGCUACUUGUUUGAACAUCAUGCAAUUUCUACACAACACGGUUGUUUGAAAAAAGGUUCCUGUUCAUGUUACAAACCAGCAGUGGAAGAUUAGAGACCACUCAGUAGGACCGUGUUAACAAAAUAAACACUCUGCAUGCAUUGAGACACCAAGAACCCAAAGACUUAAGAAGUUUAUACAGCAUCAUACAUCACACAUGUCUGUUUCCUUGUCUCCGCACCAAACUAAGUACACAAACACCAUGCUUCAUGGUAUUUUCUUAUCACAAACAUGUUUUGUUUUAAAAGGGGGUUGAUAUCAGAGUGGGGAAAAAAUUUGUUUAAAAUGAUUGAUACCUUUUUAACCAAAAUGUAGUGUGUGGAACAUGACUGUACAUGGCAGUUCUAGGUUUUACUGAAGAGAAAGGAUUGCAGCCUUACCGCACACUAAGGGAGCCAAUUGCAAUAACUGAGAUUCACCAGAGGUCUGUGCAAAAAAGGCUCAAACUGUGCUUAUCAGUCAAUAUAUAGCCUGUAUUAUCCAAAAAGACCAGGUCUAUGAGGAGACUUCUCAGAGUUUCAUUAUGGAGAAGGAUCAGUGCAGUAUCCCAGGCAGGAAACGAACGCCGCACAUCCGUUAUACUUCCUUAUUUUGUUGUGAGCGCGAGGAUUUUAUGCAAUGGCAACCCAUCACAACACGACAGCAAGAAUUAAAGCCAGCAACUUGUGUUGGCAAGUGAUUCACACCAACUGCCAGUGACAACAAAAAAGGAAGGAUUUGGUGUCGGGCUACUUGUUUAGUAAUGUGGAGGAGAUUUUUCUUUUUUUUUUAGAUAGCAUCAAUCUCUUGCAAAAUGCACCACUCUUAGCGUAUUUGUUCCUCAAACACAACAAUCUACGGCUGUUGGGUUGUGCGCGAGCUGCACUCCACGCCAUUUGACUGAGUGCAGCUGGGAAGCAUUUGUGUGAUUCCAUUAACGUGACAUCAAGCAGGAACAGUGAGUUAAAACAAAUGAGUGUGCGUCUGUUAAGUGGUGGGGCGGUGAUCCACUUCUUCUAACAAUCUAACGGCUCCGAUUGUGUGUGUUUCCACAUGUGGUUAUUUCUAAAUGCACACAAGCUCGGUUGACAGACCCGACAGGAGACGAACAAGGCAGAACCACGGAGUUCUGUUCACCUUUUUUUCCCUUUCUAAAAAGAAAAUUCAAUUCUUAUUUUCCUGAAUUACUGGUGAGGUCCUAGUUAUUUUUUUCUUCAUACCUCAUGGGAAUAACAAGGUGUGUGCUCCUUGAGGUGAAAAAAGAGCCACUAUCCAGAUCAAAGAAGCAUGAAACAGAUAGGGCCAUUAUUGAUAUUGAUCAGGGUAAUCAUCAGCUGAAUCCGACAGGCUAAUCAUGGUUUGUUUUCACAACCAAGACAAAGGCAGACAGACCCUGCACACUAUCAUUCAUCUCCAGCACUGUGAUGUUUGGAUUUGACAUGGUAAUUUUUCCGUCCUGGCUUGAAGGAUGGUGCAGAUGAUCUUUCCUCUGUUUUGCACAGUCACUUUGUCACAAGAUGAAUCACCUCUGAAGGCUGCUGCACACUAGAGGAUAACCGGGCAGAUUUUAGACCCAAUUUGCCCCUUCCAACAUUCGCGGUGGCGUUUCCGACCAAAUAAUCCCGAAGUGUAGGGGGCUUUACAAAAUAAUCUUAAUGGUACCGAUUGAGUCGGAGCCUCCCCGAUCUCGAAUAAUCAAAUCGAAUCUCGAAUAUCAAACAUGUUUGAUAUUUACAAUAAUUGGCGGGGAGCGCGAGCGAGAGAGCUAGCUAACUGGAAAGCGUCACCAACUGGAUGUUGCGUACUUGUACAGCUGCGACUAAAGGCAACCACAAAUGUCCAACUCUCUUCUAGAUCGCGCUGCAGAGUGUAUACCCAUUCUCAGCCAUGACUACAGCCAAAACAGACACACGACGUUGGUCCUCCUCCAUGUUAGUUGUUCGUCUGAAGUCAUGUUUAAUCACGCGAGUGUUCCACUCUCCAGUUCAGAAGGUGGCGGUAAUGCGCCUGAAAGUUGUGUGUGUGUUCUGAAGAUUAAAAAUCGGUUCAAUCUCUCAUAUCUGUGGUCUCCCACGUUUUUUUAAAUCGGUCAAGAGUUAAAAAUCCUCCAGUGUGCAGCAGCUGUAAGAUGACCUGUAGUCCGACCACACCCAGAGGAAGUCUGUACUCGAGCCCCUUGGAUUGGUGUCUGUGACGUAGCUGCUGUUAAAAGGCACAAACACUCACAGCCUCAUCACUUGGAGUUCACUGGAAAGGCUGAAAAUGAACUGAAUGUGAAAACACCUCGCUUAAUUCUUUGCCUGGAAAUAUCAAUUAACAAACACACACACACUGCAUAUAUUAUAUUCUUCUCAAGUACUCAAACACAUGCCACAAAUUCUUCUAGGGUAAGGCAGUUUAAUCUAUAUAUAUUUUUUGGCCUAAAUUUUGUAGAACUGCCGAGUAAAAACUGGGUCAUUUAUUUCAUUUCAUGUUUUUUUUUGUUUUCAUUUCUUUACUACCUCUGAGCAGUUGUUUAGCAAUGUGUCCAAUUAUUAAAUGGCACAGCAAUUACCAUACCUUAAAGUGAGUUUGAUCUGGUUAUGGAUGUGCAUUUGUGUGCACUGUAAUGACAGUGUCAGAGUGAUGCUCAUUCACAGAAACCCAUGCUCUACCACGCAUCUGUAUUAGUCAGUAGGUGUAUCACAGGACAGGACAAUGCACACAGCAGAAUGUUAAUGCAGUUUAUUGCUUUGUCCUUGCUAAUUGUGAUAAUGUGUUUUCUUUUUCUUUUUCUCUUUCAUUUGAAAUGCAAUAAAGUAUAAUUUGUUUCAAGCCAAGCACACCAUUUCUAGGACAAGCCCGUGUAAGUGCUUACCUUUAGAGAAAAGAUGGAUUUGUAUAAACCAGCAGGGCUGCUGGCAAAACAUAACAAGGUGUGCAUUUCUAGAUAACAUGAAAAGGAAAGGAUUUUCUUGAAAGUCAAAGGUGUGGAGUUGGUCGUAUAGCUGACUGACUUAACCGUAAUAUUUCCACUCAAUAUUAGCACUGCCACAUGGCCGAUUUGGCAGCGAUUCAGAAUGGAGACUGAACUGAGCAGCGCAGACUACAAUCCAAAACUGAGCACAGGGAAAUUCUACAUUUAAGUUGCAUCAUUAAAAGGAUCCCUGCUAAUUGUCAAUACCAAACAACAAUGUUGUUUCUGAACCGCCAUGAGAUCUGUGGUCAUAGACAAAAUGUUCCAAACUGGGCUGAAGAAGCAGCACGGAGGAAAAGAGCAGUCUGAUCUGCGAUCUGAGGAUGAAGUCCUCUGCCUUUUCAGUGGAAAUGGAAAGCAGUCGGCACCUGUCAGAUCACUGCUGGAAAUCCCGCAAGAUCACAUUUGCUAAAGUUUUGGCCUUGGUCUGAGCCGCGUGCAGCCAAAAGAAAAGUAUCAUCUUCAUUUCCUUGAUCUGAAAUCCCUGCUGUUCCUAAUGUGUAAGAAGAGAAGAAGUGGAGAAAUCCUAGCUCCUUCUUUAAAGCCUGUGUAAAGGAUGUCCAGAGAUUUGUUUGUAUUUGUAAGAAAGCUAUUGCUAAAACACAAAAGAAAUGAAAUUGGCGCCUAAAUGUGGAGUUAGAAUGUUUAACUUAUCAUUUUUAUGUUCAGGAUCUUUUGGGCAGGUCAGAAAUCAUCCCUCACCUCAUACUGUAACCUCAUGAAAACUAGAGUGCAUGUGGUUCUCCAACUGAUUUUGUGAAGAGCCGCUGAGGGUCACCUUUGACACCCGCCUCUGCAGUGACCAUUUGCAGUUAGUAGAUAUACAAGCUAAACGGACUAUCUCAAUCCUCUGCCUUCAUAUGUCCUGCCCACAUUUGGCACCACUGUUAACAGUACAUGUCCACCAAUGAGUGUAAGGUGCCUUGUGUGCCUAUGAAUCAUAUUGUGUCAUAAAGGCAAACAUUGAGGGGCCGGUCACCUAAUUCAGACUUAGAGCUAAAUGCAGUGUACUGUUAAUGCAGCCAGGCUCAUCAGGACUUAAAUACAGAUUUUUUUUUAAAGUAUAGAUUCUUUCGCUCCCAUGCUGAGCAACAGCAGCAUAUAACAUCAUCAUGAUAAGAUACAUAUUUUAUUGGGGAAAACCAACUUCCAUAACACACUUUCCUUCUGCACGGCAUAAACAAAAAAUAAAUCAGCCUGUGUGCUUUCUUAUUAGAGCAAAUGCAAAUGCUCCACGUUCCCACCACGCUUGUCUUCUCAAAAGGAUAUGCAAGAUGCACAGUGAUCCCCAUUCAAGCCAAACUUAUAAUGAUAAAACCUAGCAACCCGGGGAGAGGAUGUCGGAAAUAUUUCUGGUCCUUUCCCAGUUCAAAUCGGAAACCGCACUGAAAAAGGCCUGAAUACACUUAAAUUUCCCUGUUUCUGUCUGAGUCCAGUCAGCCAAUUCUGAAUCACAGCCCAUGAAGGCUUGUAUUUUGGCAGUAGCGCUGCAUAUUUAUGUUGAUAUGACCAAUUCCACUGUCUGUUUGAAGACUGCAUAGGGAUUGCAGGGCACAUUCUUUCUUUUGGCCCAAUCAAACAGUUGUCCAGUUGGAGCAUGGGCUGAUUGGAAACAAUGGGUAUAUUUCUUGUCUUUGUUUCCAUAUGUGCAAAGUGAGAGAACAACCUUUGAUGAGAAUUUGAUACCAUUCAAGAAAAAUAAUGAGCUUGUGUCGCACUUACCAGAUAGUACUAUUAAUUUUCGGUGUCGUGACAUUUGUGUGAUUUGCAUUGCGGUCUGGAAGAGAGGAUGUUUGGAUGGACAUGCAAAAUCCAACCUUUGUCUCAGCUGCCAGGAUAUGAUCAUAGCAGACACAAGAAGUAGUCCCAUCAUGUGAUGCUUGCCUGGCUACAAGUUCACAGCGCUCUCUUCGUUCGGACUGUUCACAAGCGGAGGGAGACAUCAUGCUGUUUGACUCCCUGCAUUGUAAAGGAUUGUUGGUUCAUAUGUAUUUUCUUGAUGACACGUGUGUGCUCAUAUUUAAGACAAUAAUAAUAAAAUGUUGUAUCUUAA